AUGGGAAGGAAGCGGAAGAACAUGGUCGCUACCCGCUCGAGCCUGCGUCUCGCGGCGCGCCCAUCUAUGGUGCUGGUGGCUAAACAGGCCCAGAGGAAGCUGAUGCGCGAACUCGACUUCAUCAACAACCCGUCGCCGGCGCCUGAUGCAGCUGUCACCGCCUAUGUGGAUAUGUAUGCUGAUGAUCUGCCGGAGCAGGCUGUUAUGGCAAUCAGGGCUGCCACACGCCUGAGCAACAAGAAUUUGGCCGAAGCACUAACGGCUAUUGCACAGGAGACGGAGGAGUUUGAGAUGGAGCUUCCCUGA